AUGGUUGUAGCAGCAAUAGUCGAGAAGAAAAGGCUUCAAAUAGCUUUAGAUAAUGGAUUGAUCGACAUGCCUCAAGCAACAGUUCCUAUGAGUAUCUGGUGGUUGGUCCCUCAGUACAUACUGCAGGAUACUGCUGAUAUAUUCGCUCUAAUUGGAAUGCAAGAGUUCUUUUAUGAUCAAGUGCCAAAUGAGUCAAGGAGUGUCGGUCUCGGUCUUUACUCGAGUAUCUUGGGUAUGGGGCAUUUUCUUAGUGGAUUCUUAAUCUCCAUAGUAGAUAAGUUAACUAGUGGAAGUGGACGAUAUAGUUGGUUUUCAGACAACCUCAACCGAGCGCACAUCGAUUUCUUCUAUUGGCUUCUUGCAGGACUGAGUGCAUUUGAAUUGCUGACAUUCAUAUAUGUUUCAAAAUCGUAUAUCUACAAGAGGUAA